AUGGCGUCCAGGAGAUCCAAUGCGCCACUGCUUCUGCCUCUGGCCGUCCUCUUUCUCCUCGGCAGCGGCGGUGUCUCUGCCGCGAACAUCAACGGCGCGAACGUCAUCGACCGGUGCUGGCGCGGCCAGCGCAGCUGGGCCGCCGACCGGCAGCGGCUGGCCGUGUGCUCGGUAGGGUUCACCGGCAAGAUGAGGCAGAACCGCGGCGCCGGCGUGGCCGCGUACACGGUCACCGACCCGAGCGACGACCCCGUCCGGCCGCGCCCCGGCACGCUCCGGUACGGCGCGACGGUGCUGCCGGGGAAGGUGUGGAUCACCUUCGCGCGCGACAUGCACAUCAGGCUGGCGCAGCCGCUGUUCGUGAAGAGCUUCACCGCCAUCGACGGCCGCGGCGCCGACGUGCACGUCGCCGGCGGGGCCGGCAUCGUGCUGUACCACGUGAACGACGUCAUCAUCCACGGGCUCCACGUGCACGACUGCCGCGCGCAGCCUCCCGGGCGGGUGGUCGUCCCCGGCGGAGCCGUGCAGGCCUCCGGCAGCGGCGACGGCGACGCCAUCCGGCUGGUGGCGAGCUCCAAGGUGUGGAUCGACCACAACACGCUGUCCCGGUGCGAGGACGGCCUCCUCGACGUGACGGUCGGCUCCACCGACGUCACCGUCUCCAACAACUGGUUCCACGACCACGACAAGGUGAUGCUCCUCGGCCACGACGACGGCUUCUCCACCGACCGCCGCAUGCGCGUCACCGUCGCCUUCAACCGCUUCGGCCCAAACGUCAACCAGCGCAUGCCAAGGAUAAGGCACGGGUACGCGCACGUGGUGAACAACCUGUACGACGGGUGGAGGGACUACGCCAUCGGGGGGAGCAUGGGGCCGAGCGUGAAGAGCCAGGGCAACCUGUUCGCGGCGUCGGGUGGCGCCGGCGACAACAAGAAGGUGACGAGGAGGAUGCCGGCCGUGGCGCGCGACGCCGGCGGCAAGGGUGAUCAGUGGCACUGGCACUCCGUCGGCGACGCGUUCGAGAACGGCGCCUUCUUCCGGCAGGUGGGCAACAGGGUGCGCCCCAACUACAACCGGCACCAGGCGUUCCCGGUGGCGAGCGCCGGCGACGUCAGAGCGCUCACCAGCGGCGUCGGCGCUCUCAGGUGCUCUGCCAUGGCGGCGUGCUAG